UCGACAUGGUCUUAAGUUGGCAGAACAGAUUUCACAUUAUCAUUUUAGACAUUAAUCAUGCCUCUUAAUUGAAUUUUGUGAAGAAUAAUCCAGUAUGUAGUUGUGAAGCCUCUACAGAGUUUGAUAGCUUAUUCUGAAUCUCGCAAUGCUGCAGAAACGGGCAGAGCAUGGAGUAGCUUCAGCGUUAACUUUAUCAAUGGGAAAAAAACAUGUAUUGAAUCGAAGGGAUUUACGGCCUGGUAAUAAAGACUAUACCCUGUAAAGGACAGAUGCAUAAACAUAUAGUGUCUAGCAUACGGACUCAGAAUCAUUGUCAUGGGAGAUCCUCUGGGAUCAGUACUUACCCAGUGCAGGCUUGUGGGGAGGAAUGAGUGCAUCCCAGGAUGUACAGAGCGGGGGACACGAUGGAUGUGGCGGCCAUCCAUCCUGAGGCACCCACAUGUCGUGGUGUGUGUGGAGAUGCUUAUACAAGCUGGAGAACCUGGAGGAACCCUGUGUAUUUCACACAGACAUGCAAAGGUGGCCCACACUGAGUGGGAGGUCAGCUUCAAGUUGCCAGCCCUGCGAGUGUGUGGCCACUGAGCUGCUGUAGAUCAGAUGCCCUAAAAGAGCAUGGGAAUCUUGGUGCAAGACACAUCUGAUAUCUGGAACAGUUCUCUCAGUCAGCGAGAAUUCAGGGGGGCAUUGAAAGUCCGCCCCUCCCCGCCCGGCAGCUGUGUGGAUGCAGCAUCAUCUCUGUUUCCGUAGCGCCCUCCUCCCCCUGAUCUGUCCUGCGUGUGAGAGGUACAGCCAGAGGCACCAUCAUGCAGCCCCAGAUGGUGGAGGUGGCCCGCCUCUACCAGACGGAGUUCAUCCGCAGCGCGCGGGCCGUGGGCGCGCUCUGGGCCGUCUGCACCCUCUGCUUCGCCAUCAUUGAGGUGGUCAUUCUGGUACAGCCCUCCUGGGUGGGCACCCGCGAGCUCCACUAUGAAGGUGGGGCGUCACCCCCCCCAGCUGGCACUCUGGGCCUGUUCGAGGUGUGCCUGGAGUCGGACUGGCCGGUGCCCGAGUGCCGGGGCUCCCUGGCCACGCUGACGCCGCUGCCUGCCUUCCAGUCGCCGGCUGUGCUGGUCUGCAUCUCGCUGACCAUGGUGUGGGUCAGUGUCGGCUGCCUCGUGCUCUUCCGCUUCUGCAAUGCAGCCACCGUGUACAAGAUCUGCGCAUGGCUGCAGCUCACGGCUGGUUUCUGCCUCGCUCUGGCUUGUGUGCUCUUCCCCGACUCCUGGGACUGUUCAGAGAUGCGAGGCUUGUGCGGGGAGGGGGUGGCCAGCUUCUCACCUGGGAACUGUACUGUGCACUGGGCCUUCGUGCUGGCCAUGCUGGGAGUGUUGGACGCCGCCAUACUGGCCACCCUGGCCUUCGUGCUUGGAAAUCGCCAGGACGCCCUGCUGCCCCAGUACGGCAAGGAUGUGACAGGGCUGCUGUUGCCACGGUAAGAGCUGAGGGCCCUUGCAGAGCUCAGUUUUUCAGAUGGAGGCUCACCGUUGACGUCACUCAAUUCUUUACUUGGAGAAACAGGAGGAGAAAUAGUCCUAUAACCUCAUCCCCCGAAGCAUGACAUCAUCUGUAUUAUCUAGUUAUAUAAUCUCUCAGAAUGGAUACUGUUGCUUGGCAACAGCAUCUCUAUUUUUUUCUCGGGCUGAGAGACAGGCAUAGUUCUUGAGUUUUAUGGCCUGCUGUGCUUUGUUUCCACCCUGCAGGGUAGAACAUUAUCAACAACCCUCCUGUUUACCUAGAGUAAAUUGAUUGUUGUUUUGUUCCUUUCAAUGUUAAUCUUUUUUUAGAAUGUGCACAACAAAUCAGCCAAAACAGCAGACACACAUUCUUUGGUCUAAGUCAUGGAUAUAUAUUUUCAUACAAAGUGUCUUGUCUAUUUAGCUUAAGUUGUUUUUGUAUGAAGGGUCCUGCAUUUUUUGUGCAGCUGUUGUGAUUUUCAUUAUUUCAUGUCUUCUGAUAUGUAACUGGCUUGAAAUUAGAAGAUGAUUGCUGUUGUACUUUGUAUGUCAGAACUCAAUCCUUGUCAUUGUUUAAUAUGACAAGAAUAAUAGAGUAUGUAAUUAGUCUACACAAUUGAUGUUUAAUUACUGGAUGGAUUUUAACAGGUUAAACUCAGCUCACUAAUUAUAGGGAUAUAAACAAAAAGAUACCAUAGACUGUAAUCAUAGUCCAAUUACUCCCUGUCUGAUGGAAAGAGACAUAGAUUCUGUUGCUCUUGGCAGUCAUUUUGUUUGAUAUUGUGCUUAUGUUUGCUAUCCAAACUAUUCAACCCAAUUUCGAUGUCAUUAUAGAAUUAUAGUACAGUCGUAUGUGUUGUCAUGGCCUUUUCAGUGAUGGGUGUACAGCACCAGUGAAGAAUGGACAGUGAUCAUGGAUCAUUCUCAUUAUUAUUGAGUUAUUGGUUGUAAGGUCUUUAGACAUCUGCUUAUACUGUUCUUGCCAUGUUUGUAUGCAUUUUACCAUAUGUGUCAUGUUUAUAUGCAGACAUUUCAAUAUGUAAAUAUUCAUUAUUUUUCUGAUUUCUGGCACCUUGUAAAAUUUUGAAGGGACCGUGUUGUAAGAAUGAUUCUGUAAAUAUCGGCCAUGUUGCCAUUAAAACAGGUGAAAACA